AGUCCAGCUCCUUAAUUCACAAUUAGCAGCUUUUCGUCUCUUAGGGAAAAAAAAAAUUCCAAUAUAUUGUGAAGCCGCUCAGGGAUGAAUAACGGGGCCUCUCUUUUAGCUCCCACUGCGAAGAGGUUGGAGGGCAAGGUGGCUCUGAUAACUGGCGGAGCCAGCGGCAUUGGAGAGAGCACGGCGAGGCUGUUUGCUGGGCACGGAGCCAAGGUCGUGAUUGCCGAUGUCCAAGAUGAACUCGGCAUAUCAGUUUGCAGGGAUAUAACCGAAUUCACCGACCAGAAUCAGGCAGUUUGUUAUGUUCAUUGCGACGUCACCAACGAAGUAGAUGUCCAGAAUGCGGUGGACACUGCAGUCAAGAACUACGGUAAGCUCGAUGUGAUGUUCAGCAAUGCGGGGAUCUCGGGCAAUCACGAUCUUAGAAUCUCGGCAAUCGAUUAUGAGAUGUUUAAGAAAGUUUUUGAUGUUAAUGUGUAUGGAGCAUUCCUGGCGGCCAAACAUGCUGCUAGGGUCAUGAUGCCGGCGAAUCGAGGAAGCAUUCUGUUCUCGUCGAGCGUUGUUUCUGUAACCUAUGGUGCUGCUUCCCACACGUACUUGGCAUCGAAACAUGCUGUUGUCGGAUUGACCAAGAAUCUCGGGGUUGAGUUGGGGCAAUAUGGGAUCAGAGUCAAUUGCAUAUCUCCUUUCGCCGUGGCCACGCCAAUGCUAAAAGAUGCAAUGGGCGGCGUAGAUGCGGAGAAGGUCGAGGAAAUAUUCCUCGCGGCAGCAAACCUGAAAGGGCCGGUGCUGAAAGCCGAUGACAUAGCCGAAGCUGCUCUCUACCUUGCGAGUGAUGAGUCCAAGUACGUGAGCGGGAUGAACUUGGUGGUGGACGGGGGCUACAGCACCACCAACGUUGCCCUUAAAAUCACUACGAAGGAAUUAUUUCCAUGAGAAGUGCUCAUGUUAGUCUGUGAUCUACGAGAGGAAAAAAUGAUAAUCACUGUCAUAUCAUAUCAAUUAUUAACUAAAUGUAUCGCGUUCGUUAGAACAUGCACUACCAGAAAUAAUUGUGUGAUUUUAAGGUUGUCUAAAGUGUUACCCUAUGUAUGGUAUAGAAGAGAAAUAGAAACAAGAGGAGAGGGGGACGUUGAAAUAAAGAGAGACUUUACUGAUAUA